AUGUCUGCAAGAGUUCCGCACAUGAAAAUGAAAAUAGACCCACAGCAUCUAGAGAUUCAGACACACACAUUGGAGAAAUUGCUAGAACCCCUGAUAAUUCAGGUUACCACAUUAGUGAAUUGCCCUCAAAAUCCUUCUAACAAGAAAAAAGGACGUUCCAAAAGAGCAUGUGUUAUCCUUGCCUCAGUAGAAGAUGCAACGUGGAAUUUAUUGGACAAAGGAGAGAAAAUAGCUAAAGACUCCCCCAUCUUAACUGAGGAACUUAAUGCUGCACUUCAUGAUGUUCGCAAAGAAAGUGAAGCCUUAAAAGUAACAGCAAAAAAAUUCACAGAUGAUCCUUGUUAUUUGCCCAAAAGGGAGGCAGUUGUACAAGCAGCACGGGCUCUUCUGGCGGCUGUUACCAGACUUCUUAUUUUGGCAGACAUGAUUGAUGUGUCCUACCUGUUGCAACAUUUAACCACCGUGCAGAGAACAUUUCUUUCUCUUCAAAACGUAUCUAGUAAAUCUGAACUGCAGAGAACAUAUAAAAAUCUUCAGAAAGAACUGGAAAAGCUGGACCAGUUGGCAUACAAGCGGCAGCAGGAUUUAAAAUCAAACUAUCAGCGAGAUGACAUUGCAGCAGCACGUGCUUCUCUGAAGGAAAAUUCAUCUCUUCUUCAUUCAAUUUGUUCUGCUUGUUUGGAACAUUUGGACGUAACGUCUCUCGUAGCCAGCAAGGACUCGGUUUGCAAUGAAUUGCAGAAUGCUCUGAAUGUCCUUUCGAAUGCUUCGCAAGGAAUUAGUAAUCAAAAGGUUCAGCCGGUAUCACCAUCAGCCAUGCUCGGAAGUGCCCUUGAUGAACUCGAGAAUUUGGUUGCCUUGGAUUCCCUUGCUUUGAAUGACGACAAAAUAAUGCCAUCGCUAGAAAAGCGUUUAGAAGGGAUUAUCAGUGGGGCUGCUUUAUUAGCAGACUCUUCCUGCACACGUGAUCUUCACCGAGAGCGCAUUAUCACUGAGUGCAACGCUAUUCGCCAGGCUCUCCAAGAUCUCCUUUCAGAGUACAUGACUAAUGCUGACAAAAAAGAAAAAAGUAAUGCGUUGAAUAUUGCGAUAGACAAUAUGUGCAAGAAAACAAGAGACCUCCGUCGGCAGCUUCGCAAAGCUAUCAUUGAUCAUAUCUCAGACUCAUUCUUGGAUACAACUGUCCCACUUCUAGUGCUCACUGAAGCGGCUAAAAAUGGAAGAGAAAAGGAAAUAAAGGAAUAUGCGGCUAUAUUUAAAGAACACACAUGCAGGCUUAUUGAGGUGGCUAAUCUUGCUUGCUCGCAAUCAACGAAUGAAGAUGGAAUUAAAAUUGUCCAAACGGCAGCCAGUCAUGUGGAGACUUUGUGCCCCCAGGUUAUCAAUGCUGCUUUAGCUCUUGCUGCCAAACCCAAAAGCCAGGUGGUGAAAAGCAAUAUGGAAAUGUAUAAGAACACAUGGGAGAAUCACAUACGUGUGCUCACUGAAGCCGUGGAUGACAUUACCAGCAUUGAUGAUUUUCUUGCUGUAUCAGAAAGCCACAUCCUUGAGGAUGUAAACAAGUGCAUCCUUGCACUAAGGGAACAGAAUGCCGAAGAUUUAGAUCGUGCCGCUGGGGCCAUCCGUGGGCGUGCCACUAGAGUGGCACACAUUGUUUCUGGUGAAAUGGACAGCUAUGAACCUGGAGCUUACACUGAAGGAGUGAUGAAAAAUGUGCAGUAUCUUACAAAUGCUGUGAUUCCAGAAUUUAUCACUCAAGUCAACACUGCAAUGGAAAAUUUAAGCAGGAAUACAAUUCAUCUGUUUGAAGACAAUCAGUUUGUGGACAUCUCUAAGAAGGUCUAUGACACCAUUCAUGAUAUCAGAUGUUCAGUUAUGAUGAUUCGGACCACAGAAGAACUAGAAGAUGUAUCUGACAUUGAAGAUGAAAGUGAUGCAUGCAGCCGUACCAGUAUUCAAACUGAAGGGAAAACUGAUAAGGUGAAGAUGACUCAGUUACUGGAGGCUGAGAAAGAAAUGAUAGCAGAGCAGGUGGCUGACUUCAAGAAAGUGAAGAGUAAGCUUGAUGCAGAGAUUGAGAUCUGGGAUGAUACCAGCAAUGACAUCAUUGUUCUGGCUAAACGGAUGUGUGUGAUUAUGAUGGAAAUGACAGAUUUCACGAGGGGUAGAGGGCCACUGAAGAAUACAUCAGAUGUGAUCAAUGCUGCAAAAAUGAUAUCAGAGUCAGGAUCCAGGAUGGAUAUGCUUGCAAGGCAAAUUUCUAACCAGUGUCCAGACCUAUCAUGUAAGCAGGACUUAUUGGCUUACCUGGAGCAGAUCAAACUCUACUCCCACCAGCUCAAAAUCUGCAGUCAAGUUAAAGCUGAGAUCCAGAAUUUAGGCAGUGAGCUCAUUGUGUCAGCGCUGGACAGUGUGACUUCACUCAUUCAGGCUGCCAAAAACUUAAUGAAUGCUGUGGUGCAGACAGUGAAGAUGUCCUAUAUCGCCUCUACGAAGAUUAUCAGAAUUCAAAGUCCUGCUGGCCCGCAACACCCUGUGGUGAUGUGGCGGAUGAAGGCUCCAGCAAAGAAGCCUUUGAUUAAGAGAGAGAAGCCGGAGGAAAUCUAUGCAGCCGUCAGGAAAGGUUCAGCUAAGAAGAAAAUCCAUCCCGUUCAAGUCAUGAGUGAAUUUAGAGGAAGACAAAUAAACUGAGAUUGUUAUUCUGUUCGCUGCGAAAGGUU